UUGGGGCAUCUGUUCAUUGCCUACAGGUUUUGGAUGUAGCCAUGUUGGCAAGACUGAGCAGGCUGCUUGGGAGACAGAAGGGAGAGCAUAACGAGACUAGAGGGAAGCAGAAGGACGAUGCCCUUCAACCUCAGUGUCGCACGUCAAGACAUAAAUGGUUCUGGGGAAAACACAGAAGUACUGGAAAGACAUCAAUCCCAAACUCUGUUACUAGACAGGAGCAUCAGAUGAACAAGGUUGAUACACUGACCCUACAGCUUCAGAUGAUGACCCAAGAAAGGAAUGAACUUCAUGGAAUCCUGGCUAAUUAUACCACCAAGGACUUGAACAACAGGCUAAAUUUUGAACUGGAGUUGGUGAAUAUUGAGCAUAAGAAAGUGAUGUUGAACCUACAGAAAUUCCCCACAGAGAAUAGAGAAGCCGUGUACAAGUGCAAGGAGCUGACUGAGGAAACUGUCUCCUACAGCAUUCUCCACAACCAGCUCCUGAGUGAGCGAACUCAGUUGAAGGAAAAAGUGACUAUGUUGAGAGAGGAGAACCGAAAGCUACGGAGGGAGCAGAUUUCACUGCAAGAGUCCUGUGAGAAGGUGAAGAAUCUCUGUCAAGAGGUUGACGAGGAGAUUUAUGAGCUAUGUGCCGAGGAGAAGGAGAAACAGGAAACACUGGAGGAAAGACAACAAUCCCUGCUGAAGCUGAGGGAUCUGGUCACCAAACAUAUAGACUUGGCAGAAAAGCUGCAGAAUACGUUCGCUGUCUCCCAGAUGAGCUCCGCUUUGGAGAACUGAGAAGGCUGAAGGAAGCUUCACACAUUCUCCACUCUAGCUGCAACACCUACUGAAAAACAGACCCCUCCUCGUAGAUGUGAACUAACCAGUGAGGAAAAUCUCCACCGAGUGCAGGGGAUCCAUCCCCAAUCUGAUUCAAGUUCUGUUGGUGCACUAUUCCUGCAGAAAGGAAGUCAUCAGAAAGAAGCCUGAGAUUCAGAGGACCCACUAAGAAUUACUCAGAAUCCUGACAUUGGUCAGCAGGUGGACCCUGAGUGGUGCACAGCAGCAAGGGGAGGAUAUGCUGCUGAGCAAGGCUUACUCUGCCAGUUUACUCUCCAAGUCUUUAGUAAGCCGGCUGAGACCUCCAUAUGUGGUGAGGAAUGUCACAAGAAAGACUGUACUGAUGUUGUGCUGUAGACUAUACACACCCCAGGGAAAAGAACAGGAUUCCCUCUCCUGUGCAGUGCUGAGGUGGACUCCAUGUCACAGGAAAGUGUUGCUGAAGAUAAUGCACUACAGAGACUACAGCAUCCCUCACCCGUGUUAGUCAUUGAUCGUCCAUAAAGAAAAUGUCUGGGGACUCUCCAGUUUCACAGCCUGGACUGGCAUUUCAGUCCUGAGGAUGGGUUUAUAGAGGAGGACAGGUCAUUUUUGGUGUCCUUAGAGAGCCAGAUGCUCUCGAUUGAUUUUUUGGAUCUAGAAUUAGAGAAUGUUUUUAGCUUAAUUGGAGUGGGAGUUCUGGUUUGGGUUUGGUUUUUAUUUGCUUGGAUAUUUUUUCUUUGCUUUUGUUUAAAUUUUGUUGUUAGUUUUUAAAUAAUUUAUUCUUGUUGUUUUAAUAGUUGGUUAAAGCUCUACACUGUAUAUACUGACUACCCUUUCUAAAGACCCUAUUGAGUAUAAUGACUGUUUUUAUGAAUAAAAAGCAAGUUUCAACUCCUCAA